CAUUUAUAUUUAUCAUCAACGUUACGUUUGGGCAUUUUAAAAGAGGAAGAGAAAAAAUAAACAGUAAAAGGAAGAGAGAGUUGAGACGUUACUGUAGAAUGAUGCAAGGAGAGAAGGAUGUCGAAACGGCAAGUUCCGGAGGACAAGAGAAACGACAAACAGAUCGCUGUGUCGCAUAUUCGCAAUUGGACAGUCUGAGCUGAAUCCAAAACCAUAACUCGAUUUCAGAGCCCAAAACUCACCGCCGAGUCCACCCAAUUCAUUCCUAUGCUCAAGUUUAUGCCCGUUGCAUUGCUCACUAUCUCCGGAUUUUGAUUUUCCCAUUCUGUCCCUGCCGGAAAUCUCCUAGUCCCGCCGUCCAGCGCCAUCGCCCUCGCCGUUCUGGGCGGAGGCUAUCUAUGUGUAGCAAGAUUACAACGCUCUGGAUCCUGGGUUCGGGGCUGGUCCUGGGUGCGGGAUAAGGUCACUGAGUGGGAGAGAGCGAUGCUGGUACCUGGAAUUUUAGGGUUUCAGGGUUUGGUGUAUGUGGUGUUGGCGUUGGGCUUUGCGGUGAUUCGGCACAUGUGGAGGAAUGCUGAGGUCAGGAGGGAGGAUGCCAUGAUGAUGAGGUUACCGGAAGAUGCUGGUGUGGAGGAAAUGGAGGUUUCUGCUGCGGUCGCGCCGUCGCCGGUGGAGUACUCUUCGCCGGUUCCGGUGAAUGUUUCUCGGUGGUACCAAUGCGCUGUGUGCUAUGCGCCUACCACCAUGCGGUGUGCUCGCUGCAAGGCCGUGAGAUAUUGUUCGGGUAAGUGUCAAAUUAGUCACUGGAGGCAAGGCCACAAGGAUGAAUGUUGUCCUCCUCCCACUACCACCAUGGAGAUCAAUGAAGAAAAUAUUUCUUACAGGGCAUCUGCGUCCAGAACCGAGUCUGGUCAUCAUGAAAUUAAAGGAAUACAUGCUGGUAUCUCAUCUUCCAAUGAGUCGUAUUCCAGUCUUGAUCCUUCGGUUGGUGCAAGAAAAUCAUUUGAUGAUAACUAUUACAACAGAUUUCCAAACCCUGUCUGCAAUGAUACUGCUGAUACAAGUGUUGGUUCCGCUUAUAACAAAGAUUCAACAGUGAACAUGAAAUGUUCAGUGAAUAAUGAAGUUAAGGAUUCUAAUGCAAUUAAAAGAACCAAGACAAGUCCUAGUAACAAUAAUGAUGAUACUCGAUUGAAAUCAAAAGUUCCCAAAACUAAAUCUGAUACAUCUCAUGAUGAGGCAGCAAAUUUGGGUAGCCAUGAACGCAGAAGAAAAGUUGCAAUUGUUGAAAAAUCAGUAACAGAUACCUCUAAAUGCAAAACUGUGCCUUACUUGAGUGGCUCCAGUAAAUAUGCUGUAAUUGAUGAUGUAGAAGAAGAAUCACAUUUGUCAAAAUACAGAGAAGCGCGAAGAUUGUCAUCUAGUUCUCGUGAUCGACCAUCCCCAACUACCAAGGGAGAUUUUCUUUCACAGUCCAAGUGUGUGAAAACUGACGAUUGUCAUACUUUACCAACAAAAGUUAGUGCUAUUCCAAAUCUGCCACAAAAUGUUCGCAGUGGUUUGAAAACAUCAAUGCAGAAAGUUGUCCAGCAGUUUAGAAGCUCAAAAGAUUCAAGAUCUUCUGAAAACGAGCAGAUGGGCUUUCCUUAUGAGCUCUUUGUAGAGCUUUACUGUUAUGACAAGGUGAAGCUAUUCCCCUUUGGCCUUUCAAACUGUGGGAACAGUUGUUACGCAAAUGCUGUUCUUCAGUGCUUGGCAUAUACUCGGCCUUUGACUUCAUAUCUUUAUCAAGGGUUCCAUUCAAAACGAUGUCAAAAGAAGGGAUGGUGUUUUACAUGUGAGUUUGAACAUCUAAUUCAGAAGGCAAAAGAAGGGAUUUCUCCACUUUCACCAAUUGGGAUAUUGUCUAAGAUACACAAGAUUGGAAGCCAUCUUGGGCAUGGGAGGGAAGAAGACGCACAUGAGUUUUUAAGGUGUGCAGUUGAUACAAUGCAAUCUGUUUGCCUCAAGGAAGCCAGUGUUUCAAGUCCAUUGGCAGAAGAAACAACUCUAGUUGGUUACACUUUUGGAGGUUAUCUUCGAUCAAAGAUAAAGUGCUUACGGUGCUUGGGAAAAUCUGAGAGGUAUGAGAGAAUGAUGGAUCUUACUGUUGAGAUUGAUGGUGAUAUUGGAACUUUAGAAGAGGCCCUGGGACAAUUUACUGCACCUGAAAUCUUGGAUAAAGAUAACAAGUAUAAUUGCAGCAGGUGUAAAACAUAUGAGAAAGCACGAAAGAAGUUGACCGUAUUGGAGGCACCAAAUAUUCUUACAAUUGUAUUAAAACGAUUUCAGUCUGGUGACUUCGAGAAGUUGAACAAGUCGGUUCAGUUCCCUGAGGUCCUGAAUAUGGCUCCCUAUAUGAGCGGAACAAAGGAUAAAUCUCCAUUAUACAGCCUGUAUGCAGUGGUUGUCCAUUUGGAUAUCAUGAAUGCAGCAUAUUCAGGCCAUUAUGUCUGUUAUGUGAAGAACAUUCAGGGGGAAUGGUUCAGGACUGAUGACAGCAGGGUAGAACCUGUCGAAUUGUCAAGAGUCUUAUCAGAAAGGGCAUACAUGCUUCUUUAUGCAAGGUACUCUCCUAAACCACUUGGUUUAGUAAGUAGCACUGCAAUAUCUUCUGCUGGAAAAUUCAAGAGGAGGAACCUGGAAGCCAUUCCUGCUACUUCUAAAACAAGAUCAAAUUCCAAUGUUACAAGCGGUAAUUCUUCCUACCUACAGCAGAAGCAUGGCAAGCACCCUAACUGGAAUGAUGUCGAUGAUUCCUUAAGCAAUGAUUUUGCAUAUCCAGAAGAAUGGAGAUUCCAGUAUGGGGGAAGAAAUACAAUGGUGGAUUCUUCUAGUGAAAGCUCACUUUUCAGCUCUUCAGAUGCAAGUUCUUGUAGUACUGCGAGUAUCAAGGACUCGGCCAGUUCCGCUGACUUCUCGGAUUACAUAUUUGGUGAGGUGGGACCCAAUUGGUAUAGCCACUAUGGGCUUUCAUCUAACGUGGUGGCAUCUUCCUCAUAUGAUAAUUUGGAUACAGAUUUCUUAGUGGAUAGUGGUGCAAGUAGAAGGCUCCGACAGGACACAGAAGAUAAAGCAGUUUUAUAUGCUAACAAAAACAAAAAUCACAGUGGCAGUAGGGGAAUUGACCUUAAAAGGUAUAUCACUGCUAACCAUUAUGACAAAAAUUCUGGUGUACAUGUGAGAAGAACAAGUGGAGAUGCAUCAGCUCAAACGUUUUAUUGAGUUUGAGUUGAGAUUUAAGCAAUCAUCUUGGAUAUUUUUGGUGUAGUGAAGAAAAUCAGUAUUUCGCUAAUCCAAAUAGAAUGAGGAUUCCUGUUCAAUGUUCA